UAGCAGGUCUCGCGGCGCGGUUGCGGAAGGUCGCGGGGCGGGGCCGGACGAGGUGGCUGCGAGCGCUGGGCUGGACAGCUGCGAGCCCCGCGAUGGAUCCGGGCAGCGGGCUCCUUCUCUGCGCCCCGCUGGCGCUACUGCUGCUGGCAAUGGCCCCGGACAGCGCCUCCCCGGCUGCUGCGUCCGAGGGAGUGUCUCUGGUGCAGCAGCAACAAGAAAUGCAUGGAUUAUCCAGUUAAAAACCUUUUCCCGCCUCGUUCUCUCUGUGAGUUGAGUUCUGCACGCUGGGGAGUCUGCUGGGUGAACUUUGAAGCCUUGAUCAUCACAAUGUCUGUGGUAGGAGGAGUGAUCCUUGUUGCUCUCUGCAUCUGCUGCUACUGCUGUUGCAGAAAAAAGAAGAGCAAAAAGCCAGACAAAGAGGAUGAAAAAGCUGCCAGAGAGCGGGAACAGAGGAGAGUACGGCAAGAAGAGAGGAGAGCUGAGAUGAAAUCUCGACAUGAUGAAAUCCGGAAAAAAUAUGGCUUGUUUAAGGAAGACAACCCUUACGCCAAAUUUGAAAACUAACUGGUCUCCCUAGAAAUACCACGCAACACCAAAGCUCUUCUACCUUUGCCAACUGCAGCUUUACAGUAUAGGCUUAGAGACUUUGUAUUCCAAACACCAAAAAAAUAAAAUUACUGAGAUGCUGCGAUAGCCUUAAAUUGCCAAAGACUGUCGUGCUUCAGUAGAAAGCUUUGUGCUAACUUGGGACAGAGCCUACUGUAAUCCCAAUGAGCUAUUAUGAACAGCGAGACUGAAUCAGAAAGAACCUGAUUUUACCUCAAGACAUUCUAACACAGCUCAACAGACUGUGCAGCAUUGUCUGGGAGUCCAUUUGCUAUUUCUGUUGUCUGACUUGCCAGAUGCUUGGUAAUGCAAUGGCUUCAAAGAACUGCUCAUUGAACCAGUCUUGCCCUUCUGCCCUACUCCUUUCUUAUUCACCAAAUAAAGUAAAGCUUUAAAUCUGAGGGCAGAGCAGGACUGGGGCAGGGUGGGAGGUAGUUUGGUCCUACGUAAGGUAUAGCAGCAAUUCAGAAUAUCAGGAUAGAUGAAUAAAAGAAAACUUCUUAGAUCAUCAAGGCCUUAACUGUGUCACUUGAUGUGCCUGUACAGUUGUGUAUUACUCAGCUAUUCUUUCAAUUUGUGUAAGUUUUUUUUAAUUAUUCUGAGGAGGGGGAAGGGAGUUUAGUCUGAGCAUCUACUCAUUGAGAAGUGCAAGUAAUUCUCCUUUCAGAAAUUAUUUUGUUUAAAAGUCUAUCCUACCUCUGUGCCUUUCUAUAACUUCUCCUGUAAUAAUAAAAGUAAUUCAAGACUGAUAUUUUGUAAUAAUAUAACACUUAGAUGUAAUACUAGUAUUUUGAUCCAUUAGAUAAAAUUAUAAAUAGACUGUAAAGCUUCAGCAAUAUUGAUUUGAUUACUCUAAGCCUGAUUGAUUGACUUUUGCUUCAGUGCAAAGUAUAAUUUGUUUUCAAAAUGUGUUGGCAAACCCAUGCUAUAGCUGACGCAGUAUAUAAUCUCUAAAAGAAUUUUCUAAUAACCAAACGGUCAGAAGUAUGAAAAGGCUUUCAUACAGCAGAAGCAACUGUGAAGCCUUUUGGUUGAGCUGCAAUGUGGCCUAUGCUCUGCAUUUAAUAUAAUCUGCUGUCCUUGCACGUGUAAGUGCAGUAGCCAGCUUUUCAGGUAGUUCUGCAUUGUCCUAGGCACAGCAGCCUGGAAUGUUGCCUGGUGCCUUAGGUGCUAUCAUAGUUACUAAUCUAUGUGUUAAAUGCCAUAGAGAAGUGGAAAGAUGGGAUGAAAACAGCUUAUAGGGGAUGAGUUUUAGUCUUCUAUGAAACACUCAAAAUAUAUCAAAUAACUGACAACAUUGAGAGCAGACAGCUGGAAGCAGUUGCUGUUUUUCUCUGACGCACACUUCUGAACAGGCGAGGCAGCUUGAUUUUUUGAAAUGUUUGAAAGUGUUUUGGGCACAUGAAACAAAAACAAAUGGUGGUACCAUUCAUUGUUACAUUCUAGACCAUCUCAGAAUUUUCUCAAGUCAGGGGCCAAGUGUCAAUUAAUAUACAAACCAGUCAUAAACAUUUUGAUGAAUGUUGAAAUAUCAAUUUUGUUUUCCAGGGGAGCCAUUUUUGUGUAUAAUACUGUGUAAAGUCUUUUGAGUAAGACAUGUCUUCCCUGAAAAUUCUGCCUGUUAGAAUGGUAACUUGGGAUCCCUUUCCCUGCAGACUUCUAAAAACUAACCUGGAGGAUAUUUCAGUACAUCUGGGAUCUUGUAAUAUUGCUGGGGACUUCUUAAAACACUUUGUCGUAAUGUCACACUCUUAUGGCUCUCUGGUCUCCUAGAACAACAUAAAAGCCAAACCUUGGAGCUGAACUUCAAACAGACUUUCAAAACUAAUCCAUCGUGUAUAAAACCUUAUGGACGUUGAUGGGCUUGAAGUGCACAGUAGCGCUGAGCUGUGUCAAGCUCUUCUACAUACUAGUAAGAUGUGAUUUCACUUCCACUAACACUGGACAUAAUGGGCACAAGAAACUUGCAUAUAGUCUUUAAUCUGUACACUUUUUUUUUCUGCCUUCCUUUCAGCAGUUUGCAGACAACUUUAGGCAAGGAACCUAUAGCUAAUAUUUAAAUGCAUUACUUGGGCUAAUGCUAAAUAAACAGAUUUAGUAAGUAUAAA